UCCAGCUGAGUUGCAGUUCUACCCCAACUUGGCUGCCGUCAUGCUCCAGCUGCCAACCUGGUACUUCUUAGUAGAUUUUAAUAAACUCAGCCAUCAGAUGAGCAAUGAACUGGCCAUGGCUAUUCUGCUCGAUGGAAUCUCUUUCCACGGGCAGACAAUCACCGCUUAUGUGCUCAUGUCCUAUGUUAAUCCUGUGACUUAUAGUGUUGCCAAUACCACCAAAAGAGCCUUCCUGAUCUGGCUGUCUGUGCUUCUGUUUGGCAACCCUGUGACCCUGCUGAGUGGAGUGGGGACAGCCGUGGUCAUUGCAGGAGUGCUGCUCUAUAGCAAGGCUCGGGAUUUAGAUGCCAGGAGAAGAGAGCAGUUCUCCAUAACUCAGGAUAAGAUGAAUAACAUCAGAUAAAACUUUAUGAUUAGAUUAUUUGUCUUGUUUUUUUUUUUCUAGUUUUAGAUAUUUUUGUAUAGAUUAUUUAUUUUUGUGCUGAGGGGUGAUGAUGUACUUAAUAUUUAAAGAAUAGUUUGUUUAUUAUGAAAUUUGAGUUACUCUGUUUUAAAGGUUUUGCUUGAUUUUAUAAUCUUAUUCAUAUUUGAAAUUUUAUGAUAGAUAAAUUAUAAUUUUUUUAAAGUGUGCUUCUAAUUUCUUUUUAAUGGUGGGACAUUUUUUUUUUAGUACAUUUCCAUUUAUAUAUGCAUUUCUGUUGUAUGAUGACAUUGAAAAUGGUGACACGUCAAGGAACAGAUGUCAUUUUAAUCACUAAUGUUACAUUGUGUACAUAGUUGGUAUGCACAAUUUCUAUUUCUUGUACACAAGAAUUUUUCAUUAGCCUUCAUAGGAUUGCAUUGGUAUUUGCAAGAGUUUGUCAUGAAACAGCGCUAUACCAGUCAAAUAUAUAUUCCCCUAUAUUUCACGUGAAAUAAGCUCAUUAAUGUCUGUAAUUAUAUGUACCCUAAGGCACCUUACCACAACAAUUUGCCUUCCAGUGAUAAUGAGUUUAUUAUCUGUGUCAGAGAAAAUGAUUGUUCAAUGGCAAUGACCAAGAGCCUAUAGCAUUUACAGUUUAUUGGCUAGUAACUUCUCAUCCACAUUUCCUUCCUACUUAAGCAACUGGACCAAGAUAGUGAAGGAAAAUCAACCUAUUAGGCAUAGUGGCUGGAGUAGUAAGAAAGAUUUCAAAUACUGUGUCGAGACAAAAAAGAAUUGUGCCAAUCAGUUUUAUAGAUGUCCACUAGAUUCAGUGUAGUCAUGAAGAGAUGGAAGAGAAAUUAGAGGUUUUAUAUUAAGAAGGGUGAUUAUUAAAGGGAACUACAAAACAGGAUCAAGCAAUUAUUUACAGUAAUUGGUUGAUCUCAAAUAGAAAAGGUAUUUUAGAAAACAGUACAGCAAGGUUGUGACAACUUUUUAAAGCAUAAUUUUUACUGAAGAGUAGAAUACAACUAAAUCAGCUUACAGAAAUUAAUGACAAGUAAAAGUUUAUAUAAAUGUUUUAAAGAUAGUAUUUGAUAAUAUGCAGUAUGAAAAACUAUUUUAUACAAGUUUGAGGGGUGCUGAAGUUCCUUUAUUUGAUUUUAUAGCUACUAUCAGUGUAUGAGGUCAGCCAUAUUUAGAGUUUAUUAUAUAUUUACAGUAUUAUUCAUUGAUAAUGUUGUGAUUAUAAUGUUAGGUAACAAAUAGAAAAUAUACAUAAUUUCCACAUUGCCAUGUAAAGUAACCUUUAUCCAAUUUAUACAGUUAUUAUUAAGAAAUGGAUAUUUGUGGUUAGAAUCUUGAUUAUUAUUCGUAGAUUAUUAAUAAUUAUUACCUCAAUUUUCAAGUUUUCUUAAAUAAAUGCAAACAUUGGUCAUACACUUCAUAUCAUAUCUUUAUCAUUAAUUGAUUUUGUUAAUACUUCAUGACUGUAUUUAAUUUGGUUUAACUCGAGAACUGUGCAGUUAAAGAAUGUGACCAUCCUUUUAGUGCUUUAUAGAGAACAUGAAAUUAAACCUUUUCAUAUUAUAUAUGACAAGGUAGAGUUGAACAGGAACUCCGAUACAGCAAAUGUUGCAGGAAAGACCAGCAAAUACCGUAUGUUGCAGUUCUUGGGGUUGGUGUGCAUAAUUUGAUACAUGCGGUUAAUAAAGAGUAACUAUUCAUACACAAAUUAUAAAGGAAGUUCCUUUGGUUUUUCCUUUUUUGUGUGUGUGUCAUAUAGUUUCUGAAUUAUUUUGUUUUCAUCAUUGUAUAUUUUGUUUUCUUUAUAAUUUUGCUGUUGAUUGUUAUUGCUUUUACAGAGCGUUAUUGUUUACUAACAGGUAGUUACUAAUACAUUCCUUUAGUGUUGAUAGAGUCAGUUUCUGGUAGCAAGAAUAUAUAUCAUCCUGUGAGAUUACAGUAUGAAAUAUUUAGGUAGUAUCUAUAAGCUCAAAUCUUGAUUCUAUGUAGGUUAUGAAGAAAGUUAGCUCCUUAUAGAUAUAUUUUUAUUUUUUAUUCUUUGUCCCUUUUUUCAAUACAUGAUAUGAUUUUU